CACUUUAUCGAUUAAACCAAUUGACUGAGUUUAUUAAACAGCUGUGACAAACCUAAUACGCCGAGUCUGUUAGCCAAAAAAAUUAUUCGUCCUACAAUGCCACGAACAAUGGUCUAGAUUCACGUGAUCCGAAAAAUUAAAAAUAGGUGAGAAGACAUACACGCACGCACAUGACACUGAAGUCACAGGUUUUUCCGGUUGGCCUACGGAUGCGGAUUCUGACGGUACGUUAUUGUUUUCCUAAAAAAAAAUGUUUUUCUAGGUUAAAGAAUUUGUAAAUGGAAUGGAUUUUUAGAUUGAAAUCCCUCUAAAAGUUUAAACCCUAAAACCGCACCUUCUCAAUGCCUGAUACCACGAUGAUUCGGCACGGAAAACGACACGUUAAAUUUGGUAUCGUACUUUGUAUUCUUGGAUAUGCAAUGUUUGCAUAUUUUACGUUUCAUAAGCGAUCGCCUUUAGGAGCAGAAGAUGCCAGAAAAAAGGACACGUUUCAGUUUAAUCAGGAUCAAGUUAAUGAAAAUAAUGAUAGGAACGAUAAUAUUCCUGGUGCUCUACACGUGGACGAUGAUAAAGUGUUUGUGAAUGAGUUUAAAAAUGAUAAAUAUAUUCAGGAGGAAAAACACGAGGAAGGUAAUCAGAACGAACAGCAAAACGAAGAUAAGAAAUUAGUUGAUGUUUUUAAGCCUCCACUGAAAGAAGAUUUGCAAAAAAAUGAAGUGGCCCCGACGAGUAACACUGUGAACGAGAUACAAAAAAUUGUAGAUGAUUUCAGACCUGAAGCACCAAAGCCGAACCCACUUGGAUUUAGAGAUCCUGCGUUGUUUAAAAGGAAGGAAAGCAACAUAAUCAACGCUCCCCCUCUGCCAAAGGCAAAGAAACCCAAUCUACAAAAAAAAAAUCCUUACCGCUUGAUAGGGAUGAACGAAGGAGAAAUGGGAGUGCCAGUUAUCCUGACGAGAGAGAGAGACAAACAAGCAAGGGACAAAAUGUUCCAUUUGCACGAGUUCAACCUGUAUGUCAGCGAUCGAAUUUCCGUAAAUCGCUCGUUGCCAGACAUCAGGGCCCAGGGAUGUGCCGAAAAGGAUUAUGGGAAGCAGUUGUUAAAUACAAGUGUAAUAAUCGUGUUUUACAACGAAGCGCGUACAACGUUGCUAAGGACAUUGCAUAGCGUAUUGAACCGAUCUCCACAUCAUCUUCUUGCCGAAGUUAUUCUCGUCGACGAUGGAAGUGAUCGAACACACCUUAAGACAGCUCUGGACGACUACCUUGCAACCCAUAAAGGAGAUGUCCCUGUGCGUCUUGUGCGCACUGGUCGACGUGAAGGCCUGAUCCGGGCAAGAAUGGUCGGUGUUGCGGUAGCCACUGGCACCGUGUUAACCUUCUUAGACGCACACUGCGAGUGUACUACAGGGUGGCUCGAACCCCUGCUUUCCCGUGUGACUGAAGACAACUCAUGUGUUCCAUGUCCAGUCAUCAACGUCAUCGACGAUGAAACGUUUGCAUUGGACAAGAACCCAAACGCUGUGCAUGUAGGCGGAUUUUCAUGGGAUCUCACGUUUGAUUGGCAUUUAGUUCCGCCUAGAGAGCUAAGCCGGACUCAUGGUGUUGAUAGCGAACCAGUAAGGUACCGUACAAAUGCUUACGUCAUACAGGUUGAUUUUGGAAACGUAGAAGAACGUAAGGAAUUACGUCAUGAACUUGGAUGCAAGUCGUUCCGGUGGUAUCUGGAAAACAUUUAUCCUGAAUCGGUGUAUCCUAUCGAUUAUCGAUUUAUUGGAAGAUUCUUUAAUAUGCAUACGAAGAAGUGUCUUGAUAGCGCAUCGCUAAAGGCGAAAAAUCCCGUUUUUGGACUGGGUUGCGCCAAGGUGUUCCCAAAACCUACACAGCUGUUUGUGCUGACGUCACAUGCAGAACUGAUACAGAAGGAUCUCUGUUUAGAUUACUCAUGGCAAGAUUCCAAGGUACUGAUGCUGAAAUGUCAUCACAAGGGCGGUAAUCAAGAGUGGGAAUAUCAACACGAGGCUAUGCAUCUUGUUCAUAAAUCCACUGGAAAAUGUCUCGCUUUACCGACCACUAAUGAUAAUCACGUGAUAAUGUUGCCAUGUGCAGACAAACCGAAUAUGAAGUGGGAAACCGAUGUAAAAUAUAAAGGGACAAUGUAGACAGCAAACUAACAAAACGGAAUAUAAAAACAAUGAUGCCUAAUGUAAAGGCUCUUUGUGUCUUCUCCAUCAUCAUCGAGCGCCAUCAUCAUCAUCUUCAUAAUAAUAAGAGCGCAUGUCGUUGGUAACUCUUUGCACUUUACAACAGGUCAAACUCCUCCUCAUUAUCAUCAUUCUCAUUAUUAUCAUCAUAUUUGUCAUCAUUACCAUCAACAUGUAAGCUUCAUACUGGAUGUUGAUCCCAUUUGAGCAUAUCAGAGGCAAGUCAAUACCAAAUCUGACCAAUCAGAACACAAACACGAAAGUUUAGGCGCACGUAGUGGAAAGGCAAUGGAUCUUUGCAGCAUCUAUGUUUUCCGAACGGAGUCUUCCAUACGGCGGUGCAAUAUCAGUAAUGUGAGAGCACUAUCUGAAAAUAAGAUCAGCUGAAGUGGGAAUGUUUCAUUGUGGUAAGAGCCCGGGUGCCGAUGUGAGGAGGCACCAAAAUGAGGCUGGGAUAAAAAUUAUUUUGAAAUGUUGAGAUGCUGGUGAAUUUGGGGUUCAGACAGACAAAUUAGGACAUUUACUUCGUUCUUUGUUGCAUGCACUUUAUUGACUGUUAAAUUGUACUAUAUACUACCAGAGAGUGACUGAUUUCUGCGUUACUCAAUUAUGUUGCCAACUUUACACAAAGCAAUACUGCUUGCAUGGGCACUCAUUAUAAAUAACAUUUUGUCUUUGCACUGCACUUUUAACAUGGGGAAUAUUGCUUGCAAGUUUCUGGAAUAGUGACCAGGUAAUGACCAGAAUAACAAUGGUAUUCUGUAGGAAUACGACACAGUCAUUAUACACAUUUUUGUCCAAAUCGAAACACUCGAUUUUCCAUACUAUAGGCCUAUAUCUACCUAUUAUAUUACAGAAUAUGUAGCUUUUUAUUUCUAUGGUGCAUAUUAGCUUUAGCAGGGAACAGUUUCACUGUUCCCUGGUUUUAUAAAAAAAAAAAAAA